CGUGGUCGUUGCUUUCUCCCAUAAAUAUCAAUUCAAACAAGUUGGUGGCAAUAAUCGAAGAGGGCUUCAACCGCGGAAGCGUUGGAAGCGCUCGUGAGCCCCUUUGGAUGGAAGUAUGAACCAAGAGCCCUGCUCAUACGCCCUAACGCAGAUCAGUUACCUGGUUUCGAACUUGAACAAGAAGAACUUUGCCACGAACAGUCGUCAACUAGCACAGUUUGUGAAAGAUUUUGGAUUAGAAGCUGAUCGCCAUUUGCUGCGUUGUCUAUUGUCUGCGGUAGAUUUUUCCAGUAGUUCGGCUGGAGGAACCGGAGGAGACGCUACCACCCCGGGACAUUCCAGGAGCAAUAGCAAUAGUAGCAGCACCACCACCAGUACUAGCAACAAUAACAACAACAACAAUAACCAAAGUAGCGGUCCAUUGUCACUGCAAGCCCGUUUGCUGUCGACGGAAUUGGUCGGAUUGCUGACCAAACCGCAGCUGGUCGGGAACGUUUGCUUCGCGGUGGACAAUCCGCUACCGCAUCAAAGGACUUUGACCCCGUCGAUCAGUCUUGUAACUCGCAUCGUAAAGACUCUUAACUGUUCGCCGAUCCAGCAAGCCGCUCUUGCCCUUGCCCUUGUCCAUUCGUGCCAUCCGGAGAUUGUACGGAGUGCGGAAGAUAACGCUCGUAGCUGCAUUGCCGAUCUUAUUCAAUCCUAUAUUGACCUAGAAUCAUCCGUAUCAAGUCAGGACGGCAGUCUCAACGACGUCUCUCCGGAACUGUUACAGCACAUCCUAUCGUUGAUAUCCCACGAGAAACACCAGGACUUUGGCCUAUCGGACGCAACUUACGGAAAGUUUGUACAGCAGCUGUGUCGGGACUUCCCUCGGGAUCGUGUACCGUUGAUCCUUGCUCCGCUGCUGUACCCAGAAAACUCAGAACUUUCAGCCGAAUCGGUGAAGGCCAAUUCGCAGUCGUUGCUCCGUUCAUCGAUUAUGGAUACAGCCUGGGGUAGUCUGGUGAUGGAAAUCGGGUACGGUUUCACGGCCUCGGUUGACGAUUGCAAGAAUCAUCUGCUGAAGGUCGGUGGUCGGGAGAUUUCCGCUCAGGAUGUAUCAAAGAUCAUAUCGUCGAUGUGUCUAACUCAUGCGUCGCUUUCGGAGAGCAGUAUCAAUUUGCCGACCCCGAGCAGCUUCUGGCCGCAGGGCAGCGAUCCUGGAGGGAAAGGGAAGGACGGCCAGAAUGGAGGUUCAAGCUCGGAGAACAGCACCUGGAAACCGGAGAUUUUCGUGCAGGCCUUGAAGGAUGUGGUUCCAAAUUUGAACUGGAAGGAUGUCUGCCUGGGGUUGGAUCAUUCGGAUUUCUUGAUCAAAGACCGACCAGGUUUGGCACUGCUAUUGUCUAUCGUCAAAAUGGGAAUGCAGGCCAGCGGCUUGGGACAGAACUUCCCCGUCGAAUGCGUCUACCAGCGAUGGACGAAUGUAGAAGGACAACUGUCGUUGAUAACGAUGAUUUUGAAGAGCCCCGAUCUGUACUCGUUUGCGGAUCACAUCUAUACGAGUGUUUCGGUUGAUUUGCUGAAGACACCACCGGAAACGGACAACAAGGAAGUGGCCUCAUGGUUGUCGCUCCAUCUGGUGGACGUUUUGCUGUACGUUGCCGAUAAUGGGUUCUACGCUCAGGCGAUGGAAAUCUUCAAAAUCCCGAUCCAGCUUUGCCCGGAUAUUCUGUUCAUGGCGCUGCUGCAGAUCAAUCCACCGGUGACCGUUUCCCGUCAGGACUUGUUCACCACGUUGAUCCCAAUUUUCCUCGGCAAUCAUCCGAAUUCGGGUACGAUUCUGCACCACGCGUGGAAUAAUACCAGCUUCAAUCCUUCGUUGAGGCACAUCAUUCUGCAUUCGAUGAGCGAGUGGUACCUUCGUGGAGAGAACGAUCAAUCUCGCCUGUCGCGGAUCCUGGACGUGGCUCAAGACUUGAAAGCCCUAUCGAAUCUCUUGAACGUGCGAUCGUUCAUAUUCAUCAUCGAUUUGGCUUGUCUGGCGUCGCGGCGGGAGUAUCUGAAGCUGGAGAAGUGGCUAGCGGACAAGAUCCGCGAACAUGGGGAGCCGUUCGUCAAGACGAUCAUCAAGUUUCUGCAGCGUCGUUUUCCGCAAAUUAUGAUGGGAAAGUUUGCCGACGAACAGAUUCCGAAAUCGGCCCAGCUACCUCCAGAGACGUUGAGCACCAUCCUAUCCUGUUUGCAGGCGUGCGUCGGAAAUGUAAGCCAAGAGGUGGCUGAAAUCAUUAUGAGUAUGACCCAGUACAACCUGAUGUUGACCAGUAAGACCCGAGCUCAGCAGGCACCGCAGCAACAACAGCCUCCUCCACCGGGAGUAGUUCGGCCGCAUCGUGUCCUAGAAGCUUCUUUCAGUGCUUCUGCUCUUGGAGGACAGAUCUUCCCCGGACCAUCGGUUGAAUCGUUGUCCGGUUUAGCAAGCAACAUGGCCGGAUUAAACCUGGGUGCUCCAGGUAAUAGUGCUUUCAGUUUUGGAAGCGCCCUUGGUAAUCUGGUGUCAACGCCAGCCUCACCAUCCAGACUUCUUGCCGGGCCUUCGAACAGCCCCUUCCCGUUGAUGUCGAUGCCGCCAAGCGCACCUGUGGGAAACAUUGGACGCUUACCGCAAACUCCCACCGGUGAUAAACUGACCAUACCGAAUGCAGGACAGACAAACUUCGCCGAAAUCGGAUGCCAAGCCGUCUCGAAGGAAGUGGAAGAUGAAGCCAACAGCUACUUCCAGCGGAUCUACAAUCAUCCACCCCACAACACGUUGUCCAUCGACGAGGUACUGGACAUGCUGCAGCGUUUCAAGGAUUCUCCGAUCCGUCGGGAGUGCGACGUUUAUCAGUGCAUGCUACGUAAUCUGUUCGAAGAGUACAAAUUCUUCCCCCAGUAUCCGGACAAAGAACUUCAGAUCACUGCUCAGCUCUUCGGUGGAAUGGUUGAACGGAAUCUGGUCACCACGUACGUCGCACUCGGAUUAGCGCUCCGUUGCGUCCUAGAUGCCCUCAAGAAACCGGACGGAUCGAAAAUGUAUUACUUUGGUAUCACUGCCCUGGAUCGCUUCAAGAACAAGCUCCAUCUCUAUCCAAAGUACUGCGAGUACGUCCAUUCGAUACCCCAUUUCGAUCAGUUCCCACCUCAUCUGAUAGAGUACAUCGAGUACGGUGCUCAAGGACAAGAACCCCCGAAUAAGACUCUCGGACCGGGACCACUGCCAUCGUCUAUUACGCAACUCCUUCCGGGACCGUCCGGAGUAGGUGGUGGCAACCCACUGUACCGUAGCAGUACCGCAACGGGAACCAGCAACCUCACUUCGGCUGCACCUCCCGCAGCUGCCAAGGUCAAUCUGGGUUCCCAACUCGGUGGUGGCACAACGGGUCAACCCGCACGAGUCAAAUCCAUCGCCAACGCUACCAACAUUGACACUCUUCUGGUGGCAACCCAAGAUGGUGAGGAAAAAAUCAUCAACCCACCGGAUGCCGUGCAGGAUAAAACGGCCUUCAUCUUCAACAAUCUCAGCCAGUUGAACCUACAGCAAAAGUGCGAAGAGAUCAAGGAUAUCCUCCAGAAAGAUUAUCACGGCUGGUUGUCUCAGUAUCUGGUACUGAAGCGAGCUUCAAUCGAAGUAAACUUCCACGUUCUCUACUCGAACUUUUUGGAUGCCCUGAAGAUUCAGGAGGUCAACAAACUGGUCACGAAGGAAACUUUCCGCAACAUUAAGGUGCUGCUUCGAUCGGACAAAGGAAUUGCCAACUUUUCCGAUAGAAGCCUACUGAAGAACCUCGGUCAUUGGCUGGGAAUGAUGACCUUGGGCCGGAACAGACCUAUCCUACACUUGGACAUUGACAUCAAAUCGCUACUGGUGGAAGCAUACAACAAGGGUCAGCAAGAAUUGUUAUACGUGGUUCCUUUCGUUGCGAAGGUCCUGGAAUCAUGCGCCAAGAGCAAGGUGUUCAAACCUCCUAAUCCCUGGACGAUGGCUAUCAUGAACAUCCUGGCGGAGUUGCAUCAAGAACCGGAUCUGAAACUGAACCUCAAGUUUGAGAUCGAAGUUCUCUGCAAGAAUUUGAACAUUGACGUGGCGGAUUUGAAACCUGCCAUCUACCUAAAAGAUCCGGAACGUGCCCAAAACAUCGAAUAUCAGCUGUCUCAGCCAAAACCAGCUAAGGAACCCAUGCAACCCAUGCCGGUCAUGCAGGUAGCCGAAGAAGUCGCUUCUGCUGGACCAUCCGGAUCGCCGGCCACCCCCGCUAUGGAUCCAUCGCUUGCCGUCACCGGUCCACCCGAGCCACGCUUCCACUACUCCGAUAUCAACAUUUCAAACUUUUCCUGCAUUAACCAACACGUCACGUACUCUCCCAACAUUGCCCUUCUGCACACUCACCCACACCUAAAGCAGAUCAUCAAGACGGCCCUGGAACGCACCAUCACCGAUUGGAUUACUCCGGUGGUCGAACGAAGUGUCAAGAUCGCUUCCAAAACGUGCGAACAAAUCAUCCGAAAGGACUUUGCCUUGGAUCCGGACGAGCAGCGGAUGCGUACCGCAUCACACAAUCUUGCUCGUAACCUUGCAGCUGGCAUGGCCAUGAUAACCUGUCGCGAUCAACUGAUGCAGAACAUCCAGAACAAUAUCAAGACGGCGUUCAUGACCACGCUCAGUCCGGCACAGAAGGACGUCGCGGAAGCGGCUGCAAGUCAGCUGGCAGCGGAUAACAUGGAAUUGGUAUCGGCCUUCAUUCAGAAGACCGCCAUCGAGAAGGUCGUCCCCGAGAUGGAUAAACUGCUGGCCACGGACAACGAGUUGCGCAAGAUCGCCCGUCAGGAAGGUCGUCGCUACUGCGAUGCCAGCGUGCUGACCUACCAGGCCGAACGGAUGCCGGAGAGGAUUCGGUUGAGCGUCGGAGGCGUUUCGCCUAGCCAGUUGGCAGUGUAUGAAGAGUUUGCUCGGAACAUCCCCGGAUUUCAACCGAUCACCGACCGGGAUAAUGCGCUGUUUGCUCCGAAAUUGCCGGAAGCGAUCCCAGCGGUUCCUCAGUUCCCUGCUCCGGCGGCUGUCACUCCGGACGAGAUAGGCGUGCUGUACGAUGAAUUGGCCAGCAAGAUGGAAGCAUUCAUCAGCAGUGCGGUAAAUGUGCCUCAGUUGCAUGUCCACGUUAACAACAUGCAUACGCUGCUGGAAUGUCUCAUCAUCGCUCGACGUUCGCGGGAAAACGUUCCCGCUUGCAAUCUACUUAACAAAGCCGUCGAAGGCAUCAUGGAAGGUCUGAUGAACAUCCCGGAUCACAUCGAUCAGAUCAAACUGUACCGUGACAUUCACCUGCGGGUGAUGCGUCUGCUGCAGGAUCAACGCGCCUUCGGGCCGGUAUGUACCAACAAAGCGAUCACUCGGUACAUGUUGGAGUGCCGGGAGGAGAUCCGGUACAAUGUCGAAGCAGUUGAUCUGUUGAUUUCGUCCAACUUUGUUAACAUGCCGCAGUACGAUAUGAUGCUGAUGCAGCUGAUGGACAACGGUAACAAUUACGUGGCCGUUGUGUUCGCAAUGCAACUGGUGCAGACCUACUUCAUCGACGAGCGCCCCAAUACGGUGAUUACCGAUAAUGAUCUGUUGAAUACAAUCGAACUGCUGGCGAGACUGUCGGCGCAUCCCCGAGCUCCGGAAGGUUUGGCUCAUCUGAUGGAAAUGCUUCGUUCGAACCAUGAUCCCAACACGUUCCUGGUAGAUCGUGCCCAUGCUGGACCGACGUCAUACAUCCAUUCCGGCAUCAUACAAGCUAGGGCCACCGACAUCGAAGAUCCGCCGGGCUUUGCCGAACGGGCAGAGUAUUUGCUGAAGGAUUGGAUUACGAUCUUUCAUACCCAGGCUGCUGGACGGGAUCCGAUCAAGGCAUUUAGCGUCUUUGUCAACAAGAUGAACGUGUACGGAAUCCUGAAGGGAGAUGAACCGCUGACCAGAUUCUUCCGUCAUGCUACGCAGUGCUGCAUCGAUCUGACGUAUCGCAACAUGAACGAUCCGAAGACGAAGAUCUUUCAGUGGAUCGAUGCGUACGUUCGGUUGAUUGCGCUGUUGGUCAAACACUCGGGUGAAAGUGGAAACUCCAGCACCAAGCUGAAUCUGCUAAACAAGGUUCUUGGCAUCGUGGUUGGCAUUCUGAUGCAGGAUCAGGAAGUGCACGGCACCGCCUUCCAGCAGAUGGGUUACCAUCGGAUUUUCAUUAUGCUGUUCCUGGAGCUGAGCGCGCAUGAUCCCGUGCUGGAAAAUAUCAGCCUCAGUGUGAUCACUGCCUUUUGUCACACGUACCAUAUCCUGCGGCCUUCGCUUGCUCCGGGAUUCUGCUAUUCUUGGUUGGAGCUCAUUUCGCAUCGUGUCUUCAUCGGUCGCAUUCUGGCUUCGAUUCCCCAGCAGAAGGGAUGGUCCAUGUAUUCGCAGCUGUUGAUCCAUCUGUUCAAGUACCUUGCGCCGUUCCUGCGUAAUGCCGAAUUGGCCAAGCCGGUUCAGCACCUGUACAAGGGAACGCUCCGUGUGCUGUUGGUUUUGUUGCAUGAUUUCCCGGAGUUCUUGUGCGACUACCACUUCGGGUUCUGCGAUGUGAUCCCACCGAACUGCAUUCAGAUGAGGAAUCUUAUACUUUCGGCGUAUCCGAGAAAUAUGCGCCUGCCCGAUCCGUUCACACCGAAUCUGAAGGUCGACAUGUUAACCGACAUCGGCGGCUCGCCACGCAUCUUCACCAACUAUGCCGCGGCAAUCACUCCGAGCAGCUUCAAAAAAGAUCUAGACUCAUAUCUGAAGGCCCGUUCGCCGGUAACGUUCCUCUCGGAACUGCGUAGCAAUUUGCAAAUCUCGAACGAACCCGGUUCCCGGUACAACAUCCCGCUGAUGAAUGCCCUGGUGCUGUACGUUGGUACCCAGGCAAUCGCUCAUAUUCGAUCGAAAAAUCUGGGUCCCACGAUGGCCACCAUCGUACACAGUGCCCAUAUGGAUAUCUUCCAGAAUCUGGCGGUAGAUCUGGACAACGAGGGUCGAUAUCUGUUCCUGAACGCGAUUGCCAACCAGCUGCGGUAUCCGAACAGUCACACGCACUACUUUAGCUGUGCGAUCCUUUAUCUGUUCGUGGAAGCCAACUCGGAGGCGAUACAGGAGCAAAUCACUCGCGUUCUACUGGAACGAUUGAUUGUGAACCGCCCGCAUCCGUGGGGACUGCUGAUCACCUUCAUCGAGUUAAUCAAGAAUCCAGCGUACAAAUUCUGGGACCAUGAUUUCGUUCACUGUGCACCGGAAAUUGAGAAAUUAUUCGAGUCGGUAGCCAACUCGUGCAUGGUGGUCAAAUCCAAGAGUCAACCGCAGAUGCCAAACGUGGAGUCGGAAAUAGCGGAGUGCAACUAGAG